AUGGGGCGCUAUGGACCUUCGAGCGGCUCCAGCGGUCUCAACAGUAGAGGGGGCAGAGGAGGAGGACGAUACGGUGGCAAUGACCAGACGGACGACUUCUUUGAAGAAAGAAAGAGACAGCGAGACACCGUCGACUUUAGUAUUUGGGCAGGCAUCCCCAGCCCUCCGCCCAUGAAGAAGAAGAUCAAGAAGGAGAAGAAGAGAGAGCCCACACCAUCUCCCUCCAGAUCUAGAUCACUUUCAAGAUCACUUUCAAGAUCACUUUCUAGAUCUCGAUCUAAAUCUAGGUCCGACGUUUCUAGUUCGGACAGUGAAGAGGAGCGACGUCGACGUAGAAAAAGCAAGAAGAAAUCCAAGUCUUCGCGUCGCUCUCACAAGAAAAAAAGCUCCAAGAAAAGCAAGAAACACAAGAAGGAGAGCAAGAGCAGACGCAAGCGUCGCCGACGCUCAUACAGCGACAGUGAGAGUGACGACAGUCGUAGUGGCAGUGAAUCGGACGCGUCGGUGGCUUCAGAAAGGAACAAGGGGAGGAAACUCAGCGUCGAUAGUCGAGACAGCACUAGUGGACUGGAUGAGAAUGAGAAGAGGGAAACGGCCAAGUUUAAAGAGGCGGUGCAAGGCUCACGCAAGGACGAAGAUGACGACGAGGAGAUUGGACCGAAGCCUUUAGUUUCAGCCGAUGAUGAGACGUCGGCUGCUUCGUCGAUGAACUACGGUAAGGCGCUGCUGCCUGGUGAGGGUGCAGCUAUCGCGCAGUUCGUGCAGAAGAACAUGCGUAUCCCUCGUCGUGGUGAAGUUGGCUGGCACGGUGAGGAGAUCGAGAACCUGGAGAAUCUGGGCUACGUGAUGAGUGGUAAUCGUCACAAACGCAUGAAUGCUGUCCGUAUUCGAAAGGAGAACCAAGUUUACACUGCCGAAGAGAAGCGAGCACUUGCGCUCAUCAACUUUGAAGAAAAGCAGCAGCGCGAAAACGCCAUCAUGAACGAUUUUAAGGAGAUGCUGACUGCCAGGCUGACGAAGAAGCACGGUUCGAGACUGGUUGAAGACAUGGAGUCAGCAGCCAAAGAUUAA